AUGAGCGACCAACUACAUGAAGUAGAUGUCAAAAAUCAAAAUGAACGUCAUUUGAUCGAAGAAGCUGAAGAAAAUUAUUACGAAGCAGAAGGAAAAUCCAUUUAUGACGACCAAGAUCAAUAUUAUUUCCAAAUAAAAGAGAUGCAAUUAAAUCAAUGCCAAGAUGGGAAAAAUGAAUUCAAAUACGGUAAAGAAAAUAUGCUUGAUGUGAAGAGUGAGGUCCAAGCAUCAGAAGAAGAAUACUUCCAUAAUUCAAAUGCACAUUUGAAUCAAAAAGAUAGAGGUAAUCUGAAAGAGAAACAAAACAAUUUCGAUCCAAAUCUAAUCCAGAAUAAUAAGAAAAUUCUAGAAAAACAUAAUGAUGAAAAUCGAAAAAUGAGCAGAGUGCUUCAGCCAAAGCAACCAGAAAUACAAAUUGAAAACGCCCAAAUGUUUGAUUCAGAAUUAACCUCUAUGAUAAAGUCACAAAUAGGGCAAGUGGAGCAAAAUUAUUCUAUUGAAGGAAGCUCUGGAACUUAUAAAAGACUAAAUAAUCAUAAGAAAAGAUGAAAGAAGCAUAAAAAGAGAUCAAACCGGUCAGUUUCUGCUAUGCCUAUGAGAAACAAAAGAAAUCAUAUAAAUUUAAAAAUUGGAAAAAUCGUUAAUAAAGAAAACAUCAAUUAUUCGAUUGACACUAACUCAAAAGCAAAUAAAAGCCAGAACACAAAAAAGAAAAGAGUAAAGAAAAAUAAAAGAUCUCGAACUUCAAAGAUUAACAGAGCAAUAACAGGGUUUAAAAGAACCAACUCCCUUAACAAUACAAGUAGGGUUCUUAGAUCUGUAGCUCGAAAUAAAACUAGUAAGCAUAAAUCUGUACAAAAGUAUAAGAAAAUAUCAAAAUAUAAUCAAAAGAGCGACCCUGUUACUCGUUUCCAACAAAUGCAAAGUUGCUGGACCAAGCAUAAAUUAGUAAGGGAACAAGGCAGAAAGCUAGACUUGGAAGGAUUUAACAAAUGGGCACAGAUUGUUCAAUCUCUCUCCCAAAAAGCAAUAGUCAAACAGUCUCAUAGAUAUGUAGAUUCCAAUGAAGCUCUCACAAAUAACAAAAGGGAUGAUGUAAAGGCACUGCUGUCAUAAAAAGAAUGGGAGAGAAUAUGCCGAUCCCAAUAUGAGAAAAUUUAAACAUAUAAAGUC